AUGAAUAAAAUAUACUCAAAGCCACUUGAUGAGACUUGUGAUAAUCCUUAAUUACAUGAGGCAACCAAAAUGUUUCUUACAAUGAAUAAGGAGAAUCACACAAGAGAUGAAUUACAUUACAUUUUAUAAAGGAUGGAAGAACUGCCUUACUUUAAACAAUUUGUUUCAGAGAAAUUGCAGAAAGGAACAUAAAGGAAUGAUAUUUUAGAAGUAUUUUUAAGAAUAUUAUUUUUUUAGUUGUGUUCUCGUUUAAGAGUGGAAUAUUUUAAGGGGGGAGAAGUGUUGUUCUAAGAGAAUGAUACAUCAAAUGAUAAACUUUAUAUGAUAUAAUAUGGAGAAGUUAUGUUAAUGAGAUAGAAAAAGAUGGAUUAAUUGAUGUCUUUGUAGAGAUAGAAUUCAGAAUAGGUUCAAUAAACAUAACUAAAAAUGGCAUAAAUUCUAAAUGCUAAGAAAUUUACCAAUAAAAUUAUAAGACAUCAUAAUAUUCAUAAAGAGACAACAAUUUCUAAAGAAGAGAAACAAUAAUUAGAACAUUAAUAUGGAGAAUCUAUAAGGUUAUUGGGUGUAGGUACAGGAUUUGGAGAGAAAGCUUUGGUUGAGAAUAUUCCUAGAUCAUUAACAGUAGCAUGUUAUAGUCAUGAAUUAUUUGUGAUAGUUUUAAAGAAAGAUGAUUUUAUUACAUAUUAGAUGACGUUUGAAAAAACAAAGAAAGAGAAAUAACAAUUAAUGUUCAAAAUAUUCAAAAGUAAAAUGAAUAUUUAAUUUAGAUGUGAAUAAUGAAUAUUCUUCUUAGAGAUUAGAAAGUAUGAUAUAUAGUUGUUAGACUAUUACUUAUGAUAGAGGAACAUAGUUAGCAACAGAAGAUGAUGAUGGAGAUGUAUUCUAUUUAGUGAUAAAUGGAGAUUUGACUUUACAUAAAAGAAUUGAUAAUCGAAAUGUCUCUUUAUGUAUAAUAUCUUAAGGACAUUUAAUUGGAGAAGAAAUUAUAAUUAAUAAGACUGGAACAUAUGAAUAUAGUUGUAUAGUUACAUCCUUAUUGGCUACAGUAAUUGUAAUAGAUGCAAAUGAGUUUAUACAUAAAUUUCCAGAAGAAUGCAGAUUAUAAUUAAUAGAAGAUUAUGGCCCUAAGACUGCUAAUAGAUAGAGAUUAUUAUAAUUAUUGUUAUAGAAAAGGAAAACAUAAAAUUCAUUAAAUAAAGAAUUGACAAAUGAUUAGGUAAGAUUAUUGACAGAGAUAGAUAAUGUAAUUAUUGAUUAGAAUAAAAUUCAUAUUGUUGAAAGUUUCAAAAAAUAAAAAGAUAUUUAAUUGAAUUAACAUUUUUUAACUAAAUAUUCAAAUCCUAGUGUAUAAAAUUUUUGUAUUGCUAAAAUAAUAGAUAGAGAAAAAACAUUUCAUAAAUUAAUAAAAAGUUGUGAAUUUUAAGAAUUUGAUUUUGGUAAUGGGAAUAAUGAUAUUAUCAAAAGAAGAAGAUUUAUGUUAGAAAAUAAAUUAAAUUUGAAAAAAUCACAUGAAAAUUAUCUAAAACCUCAAUUUCAUAUUCUCCCACUAACUGUUAAAAGAGACUUGGUCAAAAAUUUUAGAGUUAAUAAUAAAAAAAGUGUUUGUUAUUCUAAUUUCAAUAUUACAACACUUUAAAAUGUUUAAAAGAAUAAAAAAUAAUCCACUUUAAAAAUAAAGGAAUUAGUGACAAAUAGACCUUCGCAAUAAUAAUUUGAUAGUUAUAGUACACAUAUGUUCACUUAAAUUGAUGACAGACAAUCACUUUGA